UCCUAUCGUACUUAUUAUACUUGGACAUGGGUGUGACUGAAAGAAAAUCUAUUGUGAACACAUGGGAAUUGAGUUUAUGUUUAUUAACAACAAGGAUCAAUGUGACUGGAUUAGAAGGGAGUUUGAGUAUCCCGAAUCUGACAUUCUAACUAGAGAUGAGAAGCGAACUCUAAUGGCUAGAUUGAUUAGAUCAACAAAGUUUGAAGAGUUUUUGGCAAAGAAGUGGGUCUCUGAGAAGAGAUUUGGCUUGGAAGGAUGCGAGGUUCUUAUUCCUGCUCUGAAAUCUAUCAUUGAUCAUUCUAGCAAGCUUGGAGUGGACAGCUUUAUUCUAGGCAUGCCGCACCGAGGUCGCUUGAAUGUACUAGCUAAUGUUGCUCGGCAGCCACUUGAAGAAAUCUUUAGUCAGUUUGAUCCCACUCUUGAACCAGGGGAAGAAGGAUCUGGUGAUGUCAAGUAUCAUUUGGGAAUGUGUCGAAGCAGAUACAAUCGAGUGUCAGAGCGUGAUGUCAAGCUAUCAGUGGUUGCUAAUCCAUCUCACUUGGAAGCUGUUGACCCAGUAGUUCAGGGGAAAACUAGAGCUGAGCAAUUUUACAGUAGUGACAAGGAAGGGAGCCGGACAAUGAGCAUACUGUUGCAUGGCGAUGCUGCUUUUGCUGGUCAAGGUGUUGUGUAUGAGACGUUUCAUUUGAGUGAUUUGCCCCACUACACAACACAUGGUACAAUUCACAUCGUUGUGAACAAUCAGAUUGGCUUUACAACUGAUCCACGUGUAGCUCGAUCUUCUCCUUACUGUACGGAUGUGGCAAAGGUAGUGAAUGCACCAAUUUUUCAUGUGAAUGCGGAUGAAGUUGAGGCUGUGAUGAAAGUGUGCCAUGUGGCAUCUCGGUGGCGCAAAGAAUAUCAUAAAGAUGUUGUCAUAGACUUGGUCUGUUAUCGACGGAAUGGGCACAAUGAGUCAGAUGAACCAAAACUCACACAGCCACUUAUGUACCAGAAAAUAGAAAAACAUCGAAAAAGUCUUGAUGUCUACAAGGACAAAUUAUUGGCAGCAGGCAUAGUGUCUGAAGAAGAAUAUCAAGAAGAAGUUGCCAAGUAUGAGAAAAUAUGUGAAGAUAGUUUUCAGACAGCUAGACAUACUCCAUCGAAUAAAGUAGAGCAUUGGCUAGACUCACCAUGGGAAGGCUUUAGUAUUACUCAACCAGAAUUGAAACCAUUGCGAUCUACAGGAGUGGAGGAAUCCGUGUUGACUCGUAUUGGUCAGGCAAUGAGCUGUGAACCUGGUGAUGACUUUACAUUACAUGGAGGAAUAAAGCGAGUUCUCAAGCAUCGCCAGGAGAUGAUUGAUUUUCGUCGAGUAGACUGGGCAUUAGGUGAAGGCAUGGCUUUUGGUUCUUUACUGAAGGAUGGUGUCCAUGUUAGGCUGAGUGGGCAGGAUGUUGAAAGAGGAACCUUCAGCCAUCGACAUCAUUUAUUACAUGAUCAGAAAAAAGACACAAUUACACACAAUCCGUUUGAGCAUCUUUUUUACCCUGAUCAAGCUGCUUACACUGUAUGCAAUAGUUCUUUGUCAGAGUAUGCCGUGCUGGGAUUUGAAUUGGGCUUUAGUCAUGCUAGUCCUCAGUCUUUGGUGUGUUGGGAAGCUCAGUUUGGAGAUUUCAACAACACGGCUCAGUGCAUAAUUGACCAGUUUCUUAGCUGUGGACAAGACAAGUGGAUUAGACAGAAUGGGCUUGUGGUUUUACUGCCGCAUGGUUAUGAGGGCAUGGGACCAGAACAUUCCAGUGCACGGCUAGAGAGAUUUCUUCAAAUGUCAAACGAUGAUGCAGAAAUAUUUCCCCCCUUGAAUGAUCAGUUUGAGGUGAAGCAACUGAAAGAGGCAAAUUGGAUUGUUUCCAACUGUACAACUCCAGCUAACUACUUUCACGUUCUUCGCAGGCAACUAGCAUUUCCUUUUCGGAAACCUUUGAUUAUCAUGACUCCCAAGAGUUUGUUGCGAUUACCAGAAGCCAGAUCAUCUUUUGAUGAUAUGACACCAGGUACAUUUUUCAAGAGAGUAAUUCCAGAUGGCAGCAUACCUUGUGAUGAUGAUGUGAAGAAGCUCUUGUUUUGUUCAGGGAAAGUAUACUAUGAACUUUUGAAGGCUAAGAAGACAAGAGGGCAUGGAUCCCACAUUGCUAUUGUCAGAGUUGAACAGUUGUCUCCAUUUCCUUUUGAUCUGGUGAUCCUAGAGGCUAAGAAGUAUCCUAACGCAGAUAUUGUGUGGGCACAAGAAGAACCAAAGAAUAUGGGAGCUUGGACAUACGUGCAGCCUCGUCUAGCUACUGCACUUGCUGGGACACGACGUGUCACGUACGCUGGGAGACCUCCGUCUGCAGCCACAGCUACUGGCAAUAAGAAGCAUCAUUUGGAAGAGCAGAAGCGACUGAUAGACUUAGCGUUGUCUAUUUGAUCUUCUACUUUACUUGUUGACAGCAGUAUUCAGAAGACAAUUUUGUCGGCCUGAGAACUUAUUGGAUUGUUUGCGUACAUUUCAGGUUUUACCUUAGGUAUAAGAUGGACAAAGUUGUCAUGCCAACAUCUAUACACUUAUACUCUUAUAUAAAGGA